UUAAGUCAAAUCUACAGAACAUAGUUGCCAAUUUGAACGCAGAAGAGCACUAGCCGAUCCAUUCCAUGGCUUCUAUCUCAUCUCUCACUGAACUCAUCUCCCAUACCUCCUGUACUUCUCGGAGAUCGCCUGAUAACUCUCCCAAUUCGAACGCUUUCCCGCGAAAUCUCUCCUUUUCUGGAGUUAGGUCUCAGUUCUUCCGCCUUGGGGUCGCUGGACGGGCACCGAGACUAUCAAGCGUCAUCAGGAAUUCAAAUCAAAGUGAACCUCUGGUGGAAUCUACUCAAAUAUUUGAUGUCCCAAUUUUUUCUUGCUCGGAGGCAAUUGACAGGCUAAAAACUAUUCGAGAAAGUCAUAAAGGCAAGCAGCAAUUUUUGGCUAUGUACUCUAGUGUUUAUGGUGGAAUUACAACAGAUCCAGCAGUUAUGAUGAUUCCCAUGGAUGACCACAUGGUUCACAGAGGGCAUGGUGUCUUUGAUACUGCCGCAAUAUUUGAUGGGUAUCUAUAUGAGUUGGAUCAACACCUGGACCGGAUCAUAAGGUCUGCAUCAAUGGCCAAAAUAAGCCUUCCUUUUGAUAGGGAAAGCAUAAGAAGGAUACUUAUCCAAACCGUGAGUGCUUCAAAAUGUAGAAAAGGAUCACUGAGAUACUGGCUUUCAGCGGGUCUGGGUGAUUUCCAACUGUCCCCAUCUGGAUGUCAUGAAUCUGCCCUUUAUGCCAUUGUAAUUCAAGAUCAAUCACCACCUGAUCAGAAAGGUUUGAAAGUAGUAACUUCAUCUAUUCCAAUUAAGCCCCCACUAUUUGCCACCGUGAAGAGUGUGAAUUACCUUCCAAACGUGCUUUCAAAAAUGGAAGCGGAAGAAAAUGGGGGUUAUGCAGCAAUUUGGUUGGACGAUGAAGGAUAUGUUGCUGAAGGGCCAAACAUGAAUGUGGCAUUUGUUACCAAGGAGAAGGAACUCGUGAUGCCCCACUUUGACAAAAUUCUUAGUGGGUGCACAGCCAGGAGAGUUUUGGUCCUAGCAGAGGACCUCGUGAAGGAAGGGAAGCUCAAGGGAAUAAGGGUAAGAAAUGUGACUGUGGAGGAAGGGAAAAGCUCGGAUGAGAUGAUGCUAAUUGGUAGUGGAGUUCUUGUUCGUUCUGUGUUGCAAUGGGAUGCCCAGAUCAUUGGAGAUGGCAGAGAAGGCCCCGUGACCCGGGCUCUCCUAAACCUCAUUUUGGAGGACAUGAAAUCUGGUCCCCGUACAGUUCGAGUUCCAGUACCGUAUCGAGACACUUAGCUCUCUUGAUGUAUUCUCAGCGUACGAUGAGGCUUCAACAAGCUCGAAAACUCUGCCCGAUGCUUGCACGUGUAAGUGGAAGUCUCGGUUCACAAAUUUCUGUAAUUUAGCUGCUCUUUUGCAGCAUGAAUAAGUAGAGUUUUCCCAUUACUGUAUGUCAGUUGCCUACCAACAUAAUGAAUGACCUGUUUGUGAUGAUGGAACAAAGAUUUAAACUGCGCGCCAAUGCAGCUGAUAGCAAAUAUUUCUAUGUCAAAAUUCCACUUCUGGGUGUUAAA